GACCCUCACACACUGGGGCAUCUCCUAUCCCCUGAAAUAGAAUAGGCCCCUUAAAACCAAACCCACAGAAUCUGAUUACCCACCAUCAAUCUAUGAUUCACCAAUUUCUACGGAAAUCCCAAUAGAAAAGAAGAUCCUUUACCAGUCCCACAAAACACGGUUUAUCACAGAGGCCCAGAUAGAUAGUAAAUUUUGGGUCUUCUUCUCUCAGACCUACGCAUCUGUCGUUUGAGAAGUCGCAGCGAUCAUGCCGUCAGGUGCUAAGAGAAGAAAGGCCGCCAAGAAAAAGAAGGAGCAGGAGACCCAGAAUGGGGAUUCAUCAACAACCAACAAAGCCAACCCUCAAGGAGAUGAAGGGAAAAUCCGGGAUGAGAAAGGAAGUGAUAGUGGUCAGGUUGACUCUAAACCUCUAGCUAAAGAGUGGAGACCAGUUGCUAAAGGUAAGUCCGUAGAGGGAGAUUCUAGUGAUGCAGAGGCUACACGGAAAGAUGGCGGUGUUAAAUUUGAGAGGGAUUUGAAGGAGGGUUCCAAGAGCAAUAAGCGUGCUGGGUCUGGAAAGGAAUCAAGUAAAGGUUCGAGUAGUAGCGGUAGCGGUAGUAGUAGUAGUUCAGAUGGCGAGUCUCGCGUUGUUGACAGGAGAAGGAAGGAGAAGGGCGAUGCUUCAGAGGAAAAACCUGCUAGUGUUUCAGAGGGAAAACCUGCUCGUGUUUCAGAGGAAAAACCUGCUAGUGUUUCAGAAGGUAAACCUGCUAGUGUUUCAGACGGAAAACCAACUCAUGUUUCAAAAGAAAAACCUGCUGGUGUGUCAGAGGGAAAACCAGCUCGUGUUUCAGAGGAAAAACCUGCUAGUGUUUCGGAGGAAAAACCUGCUAGUGAUUUAGUUAAGUCAGUUGAUUCUUUACUAGCAGAAGUGACUCACUCUGCUGGAGAUGCACCGGCUGAGAAGACUACGAGUUUAGAUGCAGAAAAGACCCAUUCACUUCAUUCUGAUAAGCCUGUAGCUUCUGUUCCUGGGAUGACUGUGCACCUUACAGAAACUACUCAAGUUGACGGUCUAGUGAUCUCUGGUACAGUGGUAAAACCGGCUGUGGAGAGUGGUACAGAGAAAUUGUUGCCUACUGGGGAUCCAGAAAGUUUGACAGAUUCUCUGCCAGAGAAAAUCGAGAGUAUGGUGACUCCCAUGCCAAUUGAGAAUGGUAAGGCAUCUCCGAGUAUGGCGGAAUCUGUAUCUAAAGAAAAUGGGAGUAAAGUGUUGCCAUCCUUAGUUGUUUCUGUCGCUCAAACUAGUAAUGAUGCUGGAUCCAUUAAAGAUUCCGAAAUUCCAGAGUAUUCUGAAAGCCAGCCGCUAGUAGCUCCUGCCCCACGAGUGGUAGAAAAAACUUCUUGGUUUGGUUGCUGCGGAAUUCUGGACGUGAUAACAGGCUCUAGGAGAUAACUUCAGGUCGAAGCAUGACGGGUUUCAGUCGACUCUUUGGAGCAUGUGAAGUGAAGAACCUGGUUUACAACUUUAUGAUAUUUUGUUAUUAGAACUUCAAGUUUCUUUUUUCCCCAAAGAAUAAUGGGCAAGAGGCCUCCUUUGGUAAAUCAUUAUAGUUGUGGUUAUAGUUUUGAGGAAUGGUAGGCAGCUGAAUAUAUACAGCUUUUACAACCUUCGAAUCUUAUUUAAUUUUGCAGAAUAGUUUCUUUUGGCAUUGUAGGGAAAUGGUGUGACCUAAAAUUGCAAGAACUUCUAUUAGUA